CCUGGCUCGCGUUUGCAGCAUUUUGCAUCGUAGGGCUGCCCCCCAGCGAUUUGACCGUAGAAAAGAUGAUCCUCACGCAAUGCCCCGUGUGCGCUGCCCCCCUGCCGCACACCUCAGCCAAACAGUGCAGCCGCUGCAAGACGCGCUACUGCGGGCCGGUCUGCCAGAAACAACACUGGGAGCAAGGAGGCCAUGAUAAGCUCUGUAGAAAGAUAAGGAAAGGCGGCGGCGCCGAGCAAUACCACGCAAAUAACAAGUACGCGGAGGCUGUAACGGUCGCGGCGGAGGCGUGCGCGGAGGACACGAAGGGGCAGACGUGCUAUAUUUGUACACAAGCGUUGCAUUGGAAAACGAAGGAGGGCCUCGUGCGCGGAUGCGCGUGCCGCGGAACGGCGGGCUUUGCACACGUGAGCUGCCUGGCGGAGCAGGCGAAGAUUUUGUUCGCGGAGGCCGAGGAGAACAAUUUGGACUACAACACGUUGGGUACGAGGUGGAAGCGAUGGGACACGUGUAGCCUGUGCGAGCAAAAGUACCACGGCGUCGUGCGAUGCGCGCUCGGGUGGGACUGCUGGAAGACGUACCGUGGGCGGCCGGAGAGGGAUGAAUUUCGGAUCACUGCGAUGAGGAUGCUAGGGAGCGGCUUAACCUGUGCAGGACAUGACGAGGACGCGUUGCCCGUGAAGGAGGCGGAGUUGGCUAUGCUGUGGCGGCUUGGCGCGUCAUUACAUGAAACUCUCGUCACUCAGAGCAAUCUCGCAAAUACGUAUAUGAAGGUCGGACGGCUAGAAUCGGCCCUACAGAUCAAGCGAGACGUGUACUCUGGACGCGUGAAGAAAGACGGCGAGGAACAUGAAUAUACCCUCAUAGCAGCCAACAACUAUUCGUCGUCCCUUAAUAGUCUCGAGCGCUUCGAAGAAGCCAAAUCACUGUUGCGCAAAACGAUGCCCGUAGCACGACGCGUUCUCGGGGAUAAUGAUGAAAACACGCUCAGGCUGAGGUGGAGCUACGCGAAGGCGCUCUACAGGGACCCCACCGCCACGCUCGACGAUCUCCACGAGGCCGUGGAGACGCAUGAGGACUUGGAAAGGAUCGCGCUGCGCGUCUUCGGGGGCGCGCAUCCGGCCACCGAGAUGAUUCAGGGCUCGCUACGGGAGUCGCGAGCGGCGCUCAGCACCCGCUCCGUCUGCGAGGCCAUGGCCGCGAUGACGCCGCCCGGGGACGCGUAAAAGCAACCGCCUAUACUUACG